AUGUCGAGCACUGUUGCUGGAGGCCUUCACAAGGUCCAGGAGGUUAUUCAGUCUGCCGCCGGUCAAGACAAGAAGUUGAUUGACCUCUCGCGCGAUACGGCGGAUGUUCACAAGAGGACCAAGUUUACCACUGACCAUGGAGUGCCGGUUUCUGAUACCGAUCACUGGUUGAGAGUAGUCAACGAUAAGACUUCUGGUCCUAGUUUGCUGGAAGACCAGAUUGCUCGUGAAAAGAUUCACCGCUUCGACCACGAAAGGAUUCCCGAGCGAGUUGUACACGCUCGUGGAACUGCAGCUUUCGGAAAUUUCACCUUGAAAGAGGCUAUUCCUGAAUUGAGUCAUGCGGGUAUCCUUAAUGAUACCUCAAGAAAGACACCUGUCUUUCUUCGAUUUUCCACCGUUCAAGGUAGCAGAGGAAGCGCUGAUACUGUCCGCGAUGUUCGUGGAUUCGCGGUGAAGUUCUACACGGAGGAGGGCAACUGGGAUUUGGUUGGAAACAACAUUCCUGUGUUCUUCAUUCAGGAUGCCAUCAAGUUCCCUGAUUUCGUUCACGCCGUUAAGCCUGAGCCGCACAACGAAGUUCCCCAGGGCCAAACCGCCCACAACAACUUCUGGGACUUUACCUUCCUUCACCCCGAGUCUACCCACAUGUUUAUGUGGGCCAUGUCUGAUCGAGCCAUUCCUCGCUCCUACCGUAUGAUGCAGGGUUUUGGAGUCAACACUUACACUCUCGUUAACAAAGAAGGCAAGCGUCACCUGGUCAAGUUCCACUUCAUCCCUCACCUAGGAGUCCAUUCAUUCGUGUGGGAUGAAGCCUUGAAGCUGGCCGGUCAAGACCCCGACUUCCACCGAAAGGAUCUUAUGGAAGCCAUCGAUAAUAAGGCGUACCCCAAAUGGGAUUUUGGUAUUCAGGUCAUUCCCGAGGAAAACCAGGAUGACUUCGAGUUUGAUCCCCUCGAUGCCACCAAGAUCUGGCCUGAAGUGCUCGUUCCUCUGCGCAUUAUUGGCGAACUAGAACUCAACCGUAACAUCGACGAGUUCUUCCCUCAAMCCGAGCAAGUCGCUUUCUGUMCCAGCCAUAUCGUGCCCGGUAUCGAUUUCUCCGAUGACCCUCUCUUGCAGGGACGGAAUUUCUCCUAUUUCGACACACAGCUUUCACGUCUCGGAAUUAACUGGGAGGAAUUGCCAAUCAACCGCCCGGUGUGCCCAGUGAUGAACCACAACCGCGAUGGUGCCAUGCGUCAUAAGAUCACCAAGGGAACAGUUAACUACUGGCCCAACCGCUUUGAUGCAGUACCUCCUACGAAGCCUGAGGACGGUGGCUUUGUUUCUUACCCCCAGAAAAUUCAAGGAAUCAAACAGCGUAGCCAAGGGCCCAAGUUCCGCGAACACCACAGCCAGGCGCAAUUGUUCUACAACUCACUUACCGACUAUGAGAAGCAUCACGUCGCGAAAGCCUUCAGCUUCGAGCUUGAUCACUGCGAUGACCCUGUGGUCUACCAGCGCAUGGCAUUGCGCAUCGCAGAAAUUGACCUUGAAUUGGCACAGAAGGUCGCCGUGAUGGUCGGCGCCCCGACUCCCGAAAAGGCCGGAAUGCAGAACCACGGCAAGAAGGCACGCGGCCUUUCCCAGAUCGACUUCAAGCCUCGCGUGCCGACCGUGGCUAGCCGACGUAUCGCCAUCCUCAUUGGAGACGGCUUCGACUCUGUCGCUUUUAACGGAGUCUACACCGCUGUCAAAGCUGCCGGCGCUCUACCUUUCGUCAUCGGUACAAAGAGACAGCCCAUCUUCGCAGAUGGCGUUGACCCUCAAACCGGAAAGGGCGUGACACCAGAUCAUCAAUAUGAUGGUAUGCGCUCGACCAUGUUCGACGCUACUUUCAUCCCAGGUGGGCCACACGUCAAGAGUCUUGCCAAGAUUGGCCAAAUCCGUUACUGGAUAGCAGAGACAUUCGGCCACUUGAAAGCGCUGGGCGCCACAGGUGAGGCUGUUGAUCUUGUUAAGCAGGCCCUAGCGGGUGUUGAGGCUGUACAGUUUGCCACUCAGAGCAAUACUGAAGCUGUCGAGUCGUAUGGUGUGGUUACUGCAGCUGGUCCGCAGAAACCGGAGAGCUUCAAGGAAGGUUGGAAGAUGAUCAAGGGUGCAACUGAUUUCUUGGGCAAGUUCUUCUUCCAAGUUGGAGAGCACAGGAACUAUCAGCGUGAGCUUGAUGGUUUAGCUGAUACCAUUGCUUUUUAA